GGAGAGCCAAUUAAUUCCCAUGCCUUGAUCCCCAAACAACCCCUUAAUAAUAUAUAUAGUCUAAUCAUAGUGGGAGUCGAGUAGCAGCAAGCAGAGUUCAUCACAAGAUCAAAUUAGAAAAUUAAAACCAAAAUAAAAAGAAAAAGAAAAAGAAAAGAAAAGAGGAGAGACUCAGAGAGAGAGAGAGGGGAGAGAGCAUGAAAAAGAGGAAUUGAAGAAGAGGAAAAUGGGAGAUCCGGAUUGCAAGCAGUGCCGGGUGGUAGGGGAGUAUAUACUGGGUCCGAGAAUCGGGUCGGGUUCGUAUGCAGUGGUGUGGGAGUCUCGGCAUCGGCAAUCGGGCAGGGUAGUGGCCAUUAAGGAAAUCGAUAAAGAGCACCUUAAUCCUAAAGUCAAGGAUAAUCUGUUCAAGGAGAUUGAGAUUCUCAGAACCAUUAAUCAUCCUAACAUUAUUCGCCUUCUCCAAGCUAUUGAGACUUCGGAUAGAAUUUUCCUUGUUUUGGAGUAUUGCGAUGGCGGAGACCUCGCCGCCUACAUUCAUCGCCGCGGAAGGGUCCCCGAAGCUGUUGCCAGGCACUUUAUGAGGCAAUUGGCUGCAGGACUCCAGGUGCUUCAUGAAAAGCGGCUUAUUCAUCGAGAUUUAAAACCACAGAACCUUCUUUUGUCAACUAAUGAGGCAACAACAGCUCCGCUGUUGAAGAUAGGGGAUUUUGGUUUUGCAAGGGACCUUACCCAAGGCUUGGCUGACACGCAAUGUGGUUCACCAUUAUACAUGGCUCCAGAGAUCAUUCAGAACCAAAAAUAUGAUGCGAAGGCUGACUUAUGGAGUGUUGGAGCAAUUUUAUUCCAACUGGUGACUGGGAGGCCGCCAUUUGAUGGCAGUACCCAAUUUCAGCUUUUUCAUAAUAUUUUAUCCGCCAGUGAGCUACGGUUUCCGCAAGGUGCCUUACAAGAACUUCAUCCAGACUGUGUGGAUCUUUGCAGACGCCUUUUACGUCAAAACCCAGUUGAGCGACUAACAUUCAAUGAGUUCUUCGAUCAUAAGUUCCUGGUGGAGCCCAGGUUGACAGUGGAUGUUGAGCAGCCUUCCUUACUUCCACAAACCAAACCUCUGGUUGUGCAGUUUGAAUGCUUAAAAGGCAAAAACUUGCCUACAGACUCUACUCAGAGCCCUCAAUUACCUUCUGCACAUCAGCUCAACUCAUCUACCAGAAACCCAAGUUUAACUUCAUCAAUACAUGAUGUUAACAGCAAAAUACUACAUAGACAAGAACUUGGUAGCACAUCCGGCAAUAAAGGUGGUUAUGGAUUUAUGCCAAGCAUUGCACAUUACGAUCCAAUUGCUGAUUCAAUGGAGUCCAUUGAGAAGGGAUAUGUUCUUGUCAAUGCACAUUUUACUUCAAUGGAGACACUCUCUUCUUCGCUUGAAACAUCCCUGCAAGAUAAUCCUGCUGCUAGAGCUACUAUCUACUCUCCAAAUAAGAAUGAUGAGGAUGUAGCUGUUGCAAUGAAGACAACAGAACUGACAGCUACUUCUGUUGGUGCUGUGGAAAGCCCUGGGAACUAUGAACCAGAUCCAUCUGCACCAUCUUGUGCAUCAACUAUAUUAAAGGAGGAUCAAGAAUUCUCCGUUUUGCAUUCUUCAAGGAGGCUCCACUUGUUACAUAAGUAUGCUCAUGCUAUUUCAGAACUAGCUCAAGCAAAGUUAAAAGAUGGUCAAUUUCUGGAGUCAUUCUCAGUUGAGCUGGUAGUUUUGGCUAUAUGGAAGAAAGCUGUACAAGUUUGCAGCUCUUGGCUGGCCUCUACUGCAGGGAGUGAUUUACCUGAAACCUCUUCAACUAAUGAAUCUGCCCCUGUUCAGGAAGUUGCUGGCCUGUCACUAAACUCACAAGAAGAAGAAAUAGAUUUUAGCAAGCCUUCUUCUGUUUCCAUAUUGGUGGAGAGUGAGUUUAUUGCUGCAUGUGAUCAUGCAGAAAAGUUAUCUAGUCAUCUUCAAGAUAUGGAUGGUAAUAGCAAGAUGCCAGAUGCAAUGGAAAUUAUAUACCAAGCAGCUCUCGCAUUUGGGAAAAGCGGUGCUGUGGAUGAAUAUAUGGAAAACAAGGGUAGUGCAGCAGCGUUGUACUCCAAAGCAAUGCUUCUGCUUUCAUUUAUUGUAGGAGAAGCUACAUUGCUGCCACUCAACCCUCCUUUUUCAUUAACUCCCGCCAAUAAGCACCGAAUCCAAAGAUACAUUAUCUACCUGGAGUCCCAUCUAACUCGCUUCCAAAUCUCACAGCUGCCUUCCAAGUAAUCCCUGGAUUCACCUCAGCAAGUAAAUACAAAUGUGUACAGCAAUUCUUAGACCCCCAGCUAUAUCAUUCAUGGCUUGGCUUGCUUAUUACUGACACAAUUCCUUGAGAUUGUGACUGGGUUGAAUUUGAACUUGGGGGCGAUGGCAUGGACACAACUUUUUUUGCAGUGAAUGACAUGAUAAAAGCUUAGAUAUAUUGGCAUGUAUAAAAUAUACAGAAAGUAUGCGGUGGACUGCUGGCAAUCUGGAGCAUGAAGAUGAGCUCUAUUGCACAGGAGUUCAUGUAAAUAAAGGUCGUCAAUUGUUUUUUUUUUUUUUUUUUUUUUUUUUACUUUUUCUCUCCACUCAACAGGGAAGAGACACUUUGUAUAGAGUUUUUGGGUUUCUUUUUCUGUUCUUUUAUAUUGUCACUUAAGCUCAAGGAAAGACGGUUAUUUGGUUCUAUAUGGCUAUAUAUACAUAGGUUUAGUUUUUUGAA